CUGGUGGCGGGGCUGGGCCGGGGGGGUACAACGUGGGCCAGCAGGCGCAGCACCGCACGCCGAGUCCUUGCCAGCAGGGUGACACAGCGCACGGAGGGGCUGCAUAAGAAACUAUAUAAAUCUACUACCUCGGAGUCAUGGAAUCUGAGCGCAAGGGCAGAGUGCGUAUUGAAGAAAAGCUCAAGAGAUACGAGAAGAUCGACUUCCUGGGCGAGGGUCAGUUUGCCACAGUGUACAAGGCACUGGACGUGGAGACGAAGCAAAUUGUUGCUGUCAAAAAGAUUAAGCUUGGGAGCCGUGAGGAGGCUCGUGAUGGCAUCAAUCGCACCGCACUCAGAGAAAUUAAACUCCUGCAAGAGGUUCACCACCCCAACCUAAUAGGUCUCCUGGAUGUAUUUGGCUACAAGUCCAAUGUGUCUCUAGUGUUUGACUUCAUGGACACAGACUUAGAGGUGAUAAUCAAGGACACAGACAACAUUAUCCUCACCCCAGCCAAUAUAAAGGCAUACACCCUCCAGACCCUGAAAGGCCUUGAGUUUCUACACCUCCAUUGGAUCCUUCAUAGGGACCUCAAGCCCAACAACCUGCUAGUAAACUCUGAAGGUGUCCUCAAGAUAGGUGACUUUGGGUUGGCUCGCUUCUUUGGCUCUCCCAACAGACAGUACUCCCACCAGGUGGUCACCCGAUGGUACAGGAGUCCAGAAUUGCUGUUUGGGGCACGGUCAUAUGGAACUGGAGUGGACAUGUGGGCAAUGGGGUGUAUUCUCGCUGAAAUGUUGGUACGAUGUCCAUACUUCCCAGGUGACUCAGACCUUGACCAGCUCACCAGGAUCUUCACAGCACUUGGCACCCCAACUGAUGACAAUUGGAAGGACAUGACUAAGCUUCCUGACUAUGUGUCGUUCAAACAUUUUGAGGGGUCUCCUCUCAGAGACCUGUUCCCUGCAGCCAGUGAUGAUCUACUUCAACUACUGGGCUCAUUGUUGACUAUCAGCCCUGCAAAGCGAUGUACCUGUACCCAAGCUCUGAAGAUGAACUAUUUUAGCAAUCGACCAGCACCAACUCCAGGUCCUAUGCUACCCCUUCCCCCAUCUAUUCGGGACAGGAAAGAGCAAGAAAAACCCACGCUGAAGCGCAAGAUCUUGGAUGAAUCAGGAUUUGGAGCCUCUUUAGCAAAGAAACUUCACUUCUAGACACAAGCAACAUAACUCAAGGAUUUGCCUGCAGGUGUAGGAACUACUGUCUCUUUCUCUGAGAUUACCUGGAAGUGUAAGAGCAACUUUUUCUCUCAUUGUUACUCUACUGUUGCAAGAGAUUUAUUAUUUUUGUAAUGUUAAUGUAAAAAAAAAAUUAAAAUAUAUCCUUCAUAAUUA